CAGGCUGCAGUCCAUGGCAUUGAUGGCUCUCCAAGAAGCUGCAGAAGCAUAUGUUAUUGGCCUUUUGGAAAUGGCUAACCUCUGCAGCAUACAUGCCAAGAGAGUCACACUCUACCCAAAGGAUAUCAAGCUUGUCAGGCGUAUCCGUGGCGAAUAUUAAUCUAUAGAAAGUUGACAGUUUGAUACAGUUUACUUUUUUAAAUGUGAGACCUGAAAAAAUGGUAUUGCAGUUGAAAAAAUAGAAUAUAUAGUGUAGUUUCCUAGAAAUAAAAAGAUAAAACCCCAUAAAUAAAAAAAAUAAAAAAAAUGCCUAUGCAGUACAAAUAUUGCUUUUGGUCAUUCUAGUUGUUCACUUCUGGUUAGGUCAGGGGUCUUCAGUAUCUUCAUUUUUUUUUGUUUUUUUCCUUUUAAGGGUAGUAAUUUACUUUGGAAAAAAAAAACUUUUUUGUGGAAAUGUAGUAGCAUGUUAUACUUUAUUAAAUAUGUUAUAAUGGAUGUUUAAAAUUAUAUGUUGAAAGCCCCUGGUGUAGAUCAUUGAGAUAAAACUUUGUACUUCUACUAAUUAGGCUGUAUCUACAUGGAGUAGACUAUGUACAUUUUAGAAAUGUAUUCCUUUCUGUUUAUAUAAAAAGACUAUGUUUUUAUAUCAAAACCAUUAAACCAUUAUUCAGUAUCACCAUGGAUUUGCUUCAUUGCUUUGUUUCAAGAAAAUGCUACAGAUACUAAUUCAUUAAAAUAGAAAGUAUGCAGUUAAGCAAGAAGAAAUAAGACAAAAUUGGUAGAAAGGUCAAUUGCACUUUCAAAAUUUAUUCAAGAGAUUUCUUUGGUAGUGCAUAUGGUAGAUUUGGUAUAAACUGUAAUGCAUAUAAAGUAAAUUCAAGUUUGUAUAAGAA